AUAGGAAACAGAAAGAGAGAGGGAGAGAGAGAGAGAGAGAGGAAGAAGAGGGGGAGGUGUAGGAGGAGACUUGACUUGCUUCAGAGGAAUAGGAGCCGGAGAGCAAUUCCAAAACAGCUGUCCGGCAGACGUCCCAGUCGACAGAAGUGCAGCCCCGAGGCAGAGACAGGAGGCAGGGCAGUGUCAACAAGCCACAGGAGCAGCACAGCAGCCACUGCACGAACACACACACACAUACACAUACAUACAUCAUCCUGAGGGUGCAGCGUUCAGGGGAACACCAGUGAUACCUGGGAAGGAAUCAAGAUCUCCCCAUCAGAAUAACGGAGGAAAGUGUCCAUUUGCCCUUUCUACACCACCAGACAUCACCAGCCCUGCUUGCAUUCCUGUUUCCUGAUCGAUGCUGCAAUUGCUGAAAUUAUUUUUGGAGUCCUGUUUGACUGGCAGGCUACUGAGAAUGUAACCGGAGCUUCACCUCUGGGGAACUGUAACGUCCAGAACCUAUAGAGCACUUCCGACUUUUCUAUCCUGCACAACUUAGCUCUUUUCUAAAAUUACAGCCAUGCCAGCAAAAGCACCCAUAUACCUGAAGCCCACCAAUAAUAAGAAGGGGAAAAAGUGUCGCCUCCGUGAUAUGUUGUCCCCAGAUAUGAUCAGUCCACCACUCGGUGACUUCCGCCACACAAUCCACAUUGGCAGGGGUGGGGAGAGAGACGCCUUUGGAGACAUGUCCUUCCUUCAGGGGAACUAUGAGCUCCUACCAGGGAAAGGAAAUGUUCACCCUCAGUAUGGCAUCCAAAGUGAGUUUCUGCGUGCAAACAGCACAGGUGAUGCAUCCUUUGCCGAGACACCCUCCCCAGUACUCAAGAAUGCCAUCUCCCUCCCAACUAUAGGUGGCUGCCAGGCCCUCACCCUUCCCCUGAUCUCCUCCACUGUGUUCUCCAUGCCCCCAGAGCCAUUGGAGGACAUCAUUGGGCCUACAGCUCCCAUGAAAGUUGACAGGGCUGAGGAGGUGGAGAUCCUGCAGAUGGAUGCUCUGUUGCGCUCUAUGGAUGUCUACAUCAGCGAGCCUUCGUCUCCCUCCGCAGCUAUCCAGUCGAAGCCUGACGUCCUCUUGGAUCUGCUGGAAAACACAGAUAAGUCCACCUCUAAGGCAGUUGCCAAAGCCAACAAAAUCAACAAGAGUGAAAGCAGAUUUGAUAAACCAUCAUCAUAUUUUAUCAAUGGCCACAGCAACAGCAUCUACAAAGGUAACGGAAGCCUUAACAGCAACACAAGCAGUGACAGCUUUGACAGCUUUAGCUAUAAAGGGGACUUCCAGGGAAAGACCUGCAAUGGUAGCAUGAGUCUCAAUGGCAACUGCAAUGGUUAUGGACACUUUGACAAUGACAUUACCCUUGGCUUCAAGCAGGAGCUCUCAAAGUGCAACAGAGAGUGGGUGGAUCGGGACAGUGGCGUGGAGGAGGGCCGCAUCUGUGAUUUUGAUUUAGAGUUUUCCAAGGAGAAGAGCACAUCGCAGGGUUCCCUCAACCAGAUCACGGGGUCAUUCCUCUCGCUCGAACUUGAUCUGGGCCCAUCCAUCCUGGACGAUGUGCUCAACAUAAUGGAUAAACCCGCAGCAAAGAGCAGGCCUUGAGCUGUGGUGAGGCCCCAGGAGGAGAAAGGGAAUUUUUAAACUAUAGCCAUGACGAGAGAGAGACUCACAAAGCAAUCAAAUGGUGUCUGGAUAUAUCAUUAAGAUGAAAAUGAGCUACAAUAGACAGAGCUGCUUAUGUUUUUAUUGUCAAAACACAACUAUUCUAGCUUCUAUGGAGUGUUGAUUCUUCUUUUUUGUUUACCAUGUCAGCCGCAUGUUUAGGAUGCAUGUCAUAGUGAGUUGCAGCUAAAACACAGCCAUUGUGCCUUUGAUUUGAUUUUACUGUAAAAAUGCUACAUGAUUAAUUUGUUUUACGUUGACUUUCACCGUAUAACUUUGAGUCCCUAUGCUUUUUUAUGCUCUCAGACUCUCGAUGAACAUAUAGCAUUUUGUGAAUUUAAAUGUGUUAACAAUGCACCACACUGUUUGUCACAUAGUUCAUUUGCCACAUGACUAUUUCAAACAACAGAACACUAUGCAUAUUUGUGUUUUUUUUAUGUUAUUGUAACAAAAAUAAAUUGAUUUUGUCCGA